GCCCCGCCGUUCUCAACAAACACAACAAAUUCGGAUUGCGCAACCCAAACCCCCCGGCCACCUCCCCCCAGCCAGGUGCUGCAGCGAAUCUGGGUCUCCUUUCUCCCUUCCUCGCAAUGAGCACGGCCGACCACUGAAGCGGCCAUGGUUCGCGUCACGGAGGAGCUGACGCUCUCCCCAGAGCAUGUCACUCUCUACUACGCCAGCGACCCGCUGCUGGGACAUCUGCCCGUUCUGAUCUUCCACGGCCCCUCCACCACCGCCAACUACACCCUCAACAGCUCCCGAAUCCAGAUCCACGUCUACAGUCCGGCCGGCUACCAAUCCUUUCCGCGCCUCACCGUGUCGCCCAAUUCCCCCUUCUACAGCGUCGUCUCCCGCCUGCCGCGCGAGUUCCAGGGCGACGAGGUCUGCAGAGGCCUGGCCUUCGGACUGUACAAGUACUUCACCGAGCUGCCCGAAGCCGUCAAGAACCACCUCAAGAACCAAUAUCCCGUCACCCGCGCGCGACGCCCGGGCUCAGCACCAGCCCUCUUUGGCGAGCAGCAUGCGGCCGACCUUGCCAAGGCCGCCGUUCAGGCCGAGAACACGGCCGACGUCAUCGAGAUACUGGAAUACGCCCUGCGGACUCAACACCUGAACAACGUCGAUCUUGACUUGGUCUUGCCGCCAGGUGCCAUUGUCCCGUUGGAGAGUGCGGAUUUCGAGGAGGGGCUCGAGGACGAGGACGAUGUCCUGGAUCCCACCCUGCGGCAGUAUGGCGGGUAUGCCCCUUUCGUCAAGCUCUUUGGAGAGCCCGUCUUUCUGCCGACCUCCAAACUCCGGCGAGCACCCUCGAGGCCCACCUCGCUGAACCGAACCAAGUCGUUUUCCAAGAACCAAAAAGUGGAACUGCGCAUGAAGAUGGGCGAACUGGCCGACACGGAGGAACGCUACGUGCUCAAGCUCAACGAGCUCGUCAACAACAUUGCAAACGACUUCCGCCAGAAGGCGAAAGAGCGCCCCGCUAGCAGCAUCAGCCCAUCCGAAGAAGACUUGGAGAAGCUGUUUCCCAAGUCUGCAGACCGCAUCCUCGAGAUCAAUUCGGCCUUUGUGCGGGAGCUCCGGCGGGUCAUGGACGAGACCGAGGAAGAGGCGCUGAGGGACAUGGAGCUCCCGUUCCCGUCGAUGAGAGCGGGGGGCUCCAACAGGCCCAAGGAUCCAAGCGGCGCUCUCGCACUGGCCAAGGUAUUCAUCGAGUGGUUCCCCAAGUUCACCGAUUGCUACCAGGACUACAUCCGAGCGAGCCAGAACUUCCCUCAGCUCCUCAACUCGUUCCUCGACAAACAAUCAAGUUUCCGUCAGCGGGUUGUCCAGACCGGAGAGCAGACCAUCCGCUCGCUCCUCAUCGAGCCAGUGCAACGACUACCCCGGUACAGCUUGUUCAUCGACCAGAUCCUCGCCUGCCUCCCCAUGACGCAUCCGGCGCUGCAGCUUCUCCUUCGCGCCAGGGACAUCAUCACAAACAUCUGUUCCAUGGAUGAUCCGCUUCCGGAUAAGCCUCACGUCACCAACCGUCUCCGUUCGAUGGUGGAGCACUGGCCGCAAGACCUCGAGCCCCAGGGUCGGCUGAUCCUGGCUGCCGACUACGUCGAGCUCGCCGCGCCCUACGUGUCGGUUUCGCAGAACGCUGAGACGCCGGACCGGCCGGGCGUUCUCCUCCUCUUUUCGGAUUGUAUCGUCAUGCUUCAAAAGAAGGCGAAUUCCGGCGUCACGGGCCGCGAUUUUCUGCGCGAGCUUGACAAGCCAUCCCCUGCCGGGCUUCUCGCAUCCAUGACAAACGUCGCUGGCGGACCAGGGAGCUGGGAAUUUGUGUUGACCGGCUGGCACAAUCUGGCUGACGUUCGGUUUACCGAAUCUUCCGAUGGGCGACUCAUCUGGAUGACCUCCACCCAGGAGAUGAAAGGGGCACAAACUGGAGAAUACUUCCCCAGCAAAGCCGCCACGUCGAGGUGCUUCUUGCUCCGAGACCAGUACGAGGGAAGAGCGGCGAAAUUGGGUGAAGAAGUCGUCAGGGCACGCGUCGAGGGCCGAUUUUCAGAGAAGGAGAGAGAAGAUCCCACGUGGACAUUGCGCACCGUCAGGAUGCCAGAUAGCAACCUCGGCCUGCACGCUGCCGUCUUUCAGGAGGGCGCCCAGCAGCUCAUCGAGGGUCGCAGGGAACCGGCGCCUAUUCGCGUCGUUUUGGACAACGACAAAGGCACCAAGGGAGCGCCUGUCGGCCACUACGGCGUCGAGAUCGUCGUCGAGGUCAGAACCGGCGACAUGCAGAGGAUAUCGAUGAACACCCUUGGCCUGAACGGAAGGCAAUUUACCGACGAGAUUGCGCUGGAGUAUUUCCUCCCUACUCUUUCGCGCAGAAUCGUGCAGUUGCUCAGCUCCCAGUUCAACAUCACCAACUGGCGGCUCGUGCCUGCCUUGGUCUCGUACUACACCAAGAUUCUGCGCGCACUCAACAUCACGGCCAGGGUCGAGAAGAGCACACGAUCCUUCCUUUCCACCUCGCCGGUGAAGUUGCUUUCCAACCUACUAGUGGGGAGCACUGCGUCGUCCAGCACCGCCUCCGUUGACAGCGCCGGCAUCAACGGGUCGAGACACAAGCGGACCCGCUCCAACAGCCAGAGAGAGGUGACGGUGAUUCCCGGGUCGGUAAAAGACAGGGACAUACCCCGCCUCACCGUCGAGGAAGAGCCGCCAGAGAACCCUCUGGUCCGGCUCGAGCAGACCUUCACCGGAUACGUGGCCCACAUGCAAGCCCGCAAGGGUUACUUCAUCGGCCGCACGUUGCUGAGCAGAUCAAUGGCCGACGAGCUCGCUGUGAACGACCUCUACAAUCGCCUCAUCGAGUUCCCCUUCGAUCUCGAUGCGGCUUCUGACGUGGGAACCGACGUCAUCUUCGCCGCGUUUGAGAAGUUUAUCCGCAUUGCCUGGCGCGAGCAGAUCGGGCCGGUGAUGUCCAUGCAGGCCCUUGAGGCUCUCCAGGUGCGGGCUUCCAAGAAGGUUGUGGGUGACUUUGCCGACUUCGUCCGAUUCCUGUUUAGCGACAUGGCUCCUCAGAAUCGCCGGGCCUUCACCGCGCUCAUCAAACUGCUUGCCGACCUCCUCGACGGCUGUGGAAAUGACGGUGACAGAGGCGCAUUGACGCUGGCCUUUGCCGAGCUGCUGGUCGACGAUGGCAGCGCGUCGAACUAUAUCAAUCUUCUCGACCGCCUUGUCGAAGACUGCGACCGCAUCUUCGAAAAGACGGAACCCACAGAUCCCCUCAGUCUGCUGCUGAAGGGCUCUCCUUACGACUCGUUUACGGCCAGCAACCGUAGCCAGAAGUCAGUCACGGGGUCAAUGACAUCCAACACCUCGUCGCUCCGCCGAAAGUUCGGAUUCGACACGCUCUUGCGGCAGAACAGCAAGACGGAAGCGGACCGGCCUUCCGUGUGGCGGACGCUGAGCAAGCACGGGAAGACACCUAGCGCCGGGGACAGCGGGAGCUUCUCGAAAGCUAGCAGGUCGAAAUCGGUAGACAUGGGUGUCAACUACUCAAUACCCAACCGGCUUCGCCGGCCAGGGUCCCGCGACCGGCCGCCGGUCGCAGGUGCCUUCGAUGAUAUCGGUCACCGGCCCACGAGCUCCCACCGGCUCGAGACCAUUGGCGAGCCCGACGUGGCCGAAUCCGCCGAACCCAAGUCCCACAAGAAGAAGCGUCGGAGCUCACUCUCGGACCUGAAGUCUCUCAUGGAGGCAGCAAGUCUGGAAGACGACCCGCCUCUCAUGCCCCUGCGCAUUAACAAGCAGCAAACGGCCGAAAAGUUCAACUCUGUUCCUCGUCCGCCAUCACCCUCGAAGAUACCGAUCAGCCCCCAGCCCCAGUUGUCGCCCCUGCGCUCACCCAGGCAGAAGGAAAACAACGUCGACCCUUUCCAGCCGCCGGACGAGAAGAAUACUGCAAUUGAGGAGCCGGCGCCACAGAGAACGCGUGCUAGGACCAUGACGAUCUCUCAGAUCCCGACGCUCAAACUGCCGCCGCGCACUCCGGCGCCUCCGUUACUGGACUCGCCCACGCGUCCAUCCACUAGCCCCGGCAAGCCGCCAGGGUCCAGCCAGAAACUACGGCUGCAGUCGACGCAGAAGCUACGCGAGCGCCUGCAGACCGAGAAAAUGGCGGUGGACGAGGUGGACGCGUCGCUCAAGUCGGAGCUCUCGCGCAUCUCGGAGGACAUGGCGCGCGUCAACUCGGCGCUGCCGCGCUCGGCCACGGGCGACAUCCGCAAACUGUCGGCGGCCGUCAAGGCGCUGGAGGAGCGCGUGCCGCGGGCGAUGCAGGAGCUGCAGGAACGCCACGCGCUCAUGCAGCAGGACAUGGAGGCCACGCUCCGGGCCACCGAGGCCAAGGUCCGGGCGAUCGACCAGCUGUACAAGGAGGCGACGGCGGAGAACGAGCUGCUGUACGAGAAGUUCAACGCCGAGCUCGCCAAGAUCGUCAAGGCCCUCAAGGGCAAGGGCCGCGAGGACAAGGAGGAGCUCGUCGCGCGCCUCAAGGACGCCAGCGAGGAGGCCGCGCGCGCCAAGAAGGAGAACUCGCGCCUCCGGAGGGAGAUGGUCAGCUUGCGCAUGCUGCUCAAGGGCGCCACCAGCGGCGGGGGCGGGGAGGGGAAUUAGUUGCUCGUCGGGGUUCUGUUUGGGUGCUUGGUCUGACUUGGCGGUGGUCGGUAGCUAGCGGAACUGUUUUCUUUUUUGCCAAAAAGCAGUGGGCCUAGUUCUCGGCGGCGUCGAUCGGAUGUGGCUUGGUUGGUUGGGUUUUGGUUCGGUCCGUGUGGAUACGAGGUGUUGGGGAACACCAGGUUCGGUUGUUUCAGUGUUUUGUUGUGUCUGUGUCUGUGAUUUGACUA